CUCUACUGUUUAUACCACAUACUUUGUCACAUUCACCCAGCUGCAUCUAGCCCGCUGUAAUACAGUGCUAUCCUUUUUCCGUGCACAGUAUCACUAUGCUCACACCACGCUUACUGGAGGAGGGUCGAGCCAGAGUAGAGGAAACGUUGCAAAGGGGUUAUGCGCCGUCUCAUCUUCCCCAUAACUUGGAGUUGAUAUUCGUCGACGACAGUCGAAAGUCAACUUCACUGUCCAUGAGGACCAAAAUUGCCAGUACUCGUGAAAGGUCGGCUAUCCUGCGCACUCUUGAGCCUAAAACUCUCAUCUGGUGGGCAGUAGCCUUCCCUAUGCGGCAAUGGUCUGGUGGAAGGAAAAUGAGUAACUUCGCCUUUGAAUCGCUAGUUCGGCAUGUACGUGGUCAAACCGCGGACACACAUGGGAUAUUGCCAGUUGUGCAGGAUAAUUUGCAUGAGCUGAGGCUGAAGUAUCCAUUGUGCGAGCCACUGCAACAGUUCCUUAAUGCCGCUGCACUGGAUCUCAUCAUAGACAGUAGUGUUUUGAGGACGCCUAUAGAUGCGCAAGUUGAAACUCCUCCAGAUUUAGACUUUUCACAACAAGGAGAUUACAUCCAUUUUACUAGAGGUCGGCAUGACUCUAUAGAAAGGCUUCCUGACUUUCAAGAUAGUAUAGAAAGAUCGCUCAAUUUUCAGUAUGAGAAAAACAAUCAGGCCAGAAUAUCAACAGCUUUUGAUAUUUUUGUGCCGACAGACGGAAUUGAACAUGAUGCCUACGUUAUGGUUCCUAUUGGCUCUAGCGAGGUUUGGCGCGUUUUGCAUGAACUAGGAAUGGUACAAUGAAUUCAUGGAUAAGGUGGUCGGAGUUGCUGAAGCAAAGCAACUGA